AUGCCCGGAGUACCAGGCGUGGCAGACAGCAGACGCAGUGCGGACGUUGAUCCGCGCCGCCCCACUUCAUCCCUCGAAAGAAACCAUCUGUCCCCAAGAACCUGCCAUCUUCCAUCAACCACCAUCUAUACGCUUUGGCUGGCCUUCUAG